AUGACGAGCAUCCUACGAAGGGCACACAGCUGGGUGAUCUGGGUCGGAGUCGCCUACAUCGCUUUCCUCGCCUCUCUCGCCUUCGAGCCAAUCCAGAACGCCUUCAUCUACCUUCACCACGUCCGCAUCCCCCUCGGCGUCGACUUCUCUCGUCCCGAAUCCGUCGGUUUCGCGCCUGGCAAGGUCCGCCCUUUCAACUUGACGACGAGCGAUGGCGUUAGGCUGGGCGCGUGGCACGUCCUUCCGCGGGAUUUGUACGAGGAGGCGGUCGAGAAGUACGGUGUGCCCGAGGAAGGCCCUUUGCCGAACGAGGUGUUUGACGCGGCGCUCAAGAGCCCGAAGCAUCCGACGGUCGUCUACAACCAUGGCAACGCCGCGACGAGGGCAGCAGGGAACCGAGUUCGCGUUGCUCGCCACAUGAGCGACAUGUACGCGAACUUCGUCAUCUACGACUAUCGUGGCUUUGCCGACUCGUCUCGUACGGCGCCGUCCGAGGAAGGCCUGUUGACGGAUGCGAGGCGCGCGUUCGACUACGUGUACAAGGACAAGGGCGUGCCAGCGAGCAGGAUUGCGGUCAUGGGACAGUCUCUCGGGACGGGAGUGAGUGCUGGAAUGGUGGCGAGGCUUGCGGAGGAAGGCAUCCACCCUCGCGCCCUCAUCCUCGUCGCGCCCUUCUCAUCCGUCGCCUCCCUGCUCGAGACCUACAAGCUCGGCAACUACAUCCCCAUCCUGUCGCCCCUUCAGCGCUUUCCUCGCCUCCUCGAAGGGCUCCUUCGCCUUCUUCGUACCCGCUUCGACACGAGGAGCGUGAUUGACUCCAUCCGCUCGCCUAUCUUGAUCCUCCACGCCCACAACGAUCCCGUCAUCCCGCUCUCGCACACCCGCACCCUCGCAGAACACCUCCUUGGCCCCCUCCUCUCGCAGCACGCCGAGUCGGACCAGAACGAGGCGCUCAAGUUGGCGAGGGGAAAGUUGGUGAAGGAGACAAAGGCGGGUGGAUGGGGAGUCGUGAGCCGUUUCGAGAGAGGCGAGGGGAAGGGAGAGGUCGUUUGGGCGGAGGCUCUGAAGGGCGCUCACAACGAGAUUGGAACCUCCGAGUACUCCGUCGAGCUGAUCAAGAGCAUGGUGCGUCCCGGAGAGCCUUGA